UAAAACCAGACCAGAUUGAUCCAUGACUGUAAUAAAUAACGUGAACGGUAUUGUUCAUUUCCUCAUGCCCAAAUGCAGCUGGUGAGGACCACGGUUGGAGAAAGCCUUUGCUUUACCCUGUGAUGUUCCCAGCCUUUCCCCUCAUUAUGGCUUCAUUUGCUAGGAAACCAGAGUUCGUUUUGUGAUGUCACACCUACACAGGAUGGGCCUCAUUGUGAUGUUCUGGAACUCUUGACUGAAGCUGAAGCUCCUCACCAGCUGGCCUCGUUUUUCGUGGGCCUGAUGCUGCCUUCCUGGCAAGGCCUGCCUCGUAGCACAAAUGGCUGCAGCUGAAAAAAGUUGCCUGAACGAAAAGGGAGGCCCGGACGUGGACCUCCCUCCCGCACAAGCGCCAUUCCUCCCGGCCGAGGAUGACGUGGUGCAUUCCGCCAUCUCCAUUGCCUCGCCUCCGCUGCACGACAAAACCGCGGCCGGGGACUCGGCCCUGAGGUCCAUCAUCGAGGAGAACGCCUUCCAAGCCCUGAGCGACGGGCCCUGGCCCAAGCGGCCCCGACUCGCUCUCUGCGACGACAGCGCCCUCGAGGACAGCGACUUCCUCUCGCUCACCUUCCCCAAAAAACUCUGGAAGAUCGUGGAGAGCGAGCACUUCAAGUCGCUGUGGUGGGACGAGGACGGGACGUGCGUGGUGAUCGACGAGGAGCUCUUCAAGAAAGAGGUCCUGGAGAGGAAGGGCCCGCUGCGCAUCUUUGAAACGGACUGCAUGAAAAGCUUCAUCCGGCAGCUCAACCUUUACGGCUUUAGCAAGAUGAGGCAGAACUUCCAAAGGUCGGCCUCCCUGGUUGAAUUUCUGGCCGAAGAAAAAGCUGCCUACGCAUUUAGCAAGUUACAGUUUUAUCACAACCCAAACUUCAAGAAGGGCUGUCCUCACCUCCUUGCGAGAUGCAAGAGAAGAGUCGGGAUCAAGAACACGCCGCCCGUGGCCUUCUCCCUGGAGGAGGACUUCCACGAGAGCUGCCUGAAGAGCCGGCCACGGAGCCCCGACGGCCAGGCCGCGCUUGGGCCGGCUUCCAGGGAGAGCGACCCCCACGCCACCGCCUCCGCCUCCCCCAGGGAGAAAACGCACAAGUCGGGGCUCCGGAAACCCGCUGCCGCCGCCAAAGGCCUUGCCGGGGCCGCGAUCCGCCUGCGGAGUGGCUACUCCGCUCCCUCUCCGGCUCCUCUCAGGGCCGCGGAGCCAGGCGGUGCCGCCGAGGACAGCGAGGCCCCCAAGGGCCAGUUGGCGCCCUUCCACGUGCCCCCACACGCCAGCCACGCUCGCGUCAACACGCACGAGAUAGACUCCACCACCACCACGUCCGCGACCUCGUUGUACCACGUCCUGCCUCCGGUCCCCAACACGCCCUUUGCCCCCGUGAUGGGCCUGCCAGCCUUCCCCACGAUGUACCCGGACCUAUCCGCCAUGCAGGCCCACUGGGCCAGCCUGCUCCCCUUCUGCAACCCGUGGUUCUCCAUGCCCAUGAUCGCCGCGGCCUCGGCCAUCUCCAUGUCCAGGUCUUCUCACCACCAUCGAACUCCUUCCUACCACCACUGCCCCAACUGCAACUGCACAUCCAACGCCGCGUCGGCUUCCAAAGUGGUCGGACCCACGGCGACAGAAUACACGGGGUACCACCGGUGAAGCAAGUGGCCGACUGGCAACCGCCUUUGGAACAGGGAAACCCGCCGUGACUCAGGCUGGAGAAUAAACCUCUUACUUCCCUUUGU